CUUGAUAUUAUUAUUAAAUUUGAAAAUAUAGAAAUUUUUCUUGGAAGAUGUAAUGAUAUCAUAGAAAUAUUUCGUGCAAUGAUUGACUUUGCAAGAUUAGAUGAAACAAAAAAUAUGCCAGCUCCACAUUUUGAAGGAACACUUGGUCAUGAACAUGAUAAAGUAUGUCAAAAAGUUGAAAAUUUAUUUCUUGAAUAUUUAGAAAUUAUUUGUCAUAUGCAUGAAAAAAUAUUAGACAUUCAAGAUGCAUCAUGGCAAGAUGAUAUGUUUGUGUUUCGAAGUGGAAUGAAAGAUCUAGAAAUAAUUAUUGAAAAUUUAAUGAAUAUUAUAUUCUCAAACAUGAAUAAUGUCAAAGAAGGAAUUAGUAAUCUUUAUGCAUUAAACAUGUACAUGGACAGAGAAAAUCUUAAAACACUUUUCGAUUUUCCAAUAACCAAAGUAAAUCAUUUAUUUUUAAUUAAAAAUUCUAUAUACAUAUUAUUAUUAUUCUAUAAUUGAAUAUAGGU